GUCAGUCGCUCGAGCAGGACAGAAGGGCUACUUCCACAGGACAGAACUGAACAAAAAGAUCUACCGCAUUGGCUUAGGCCUACAAGCGCAGUUGGAGAUAGCAAAAGCCGAAGCUGCUAAAGAUGACAAGGAUAAAAAUGCAGUCCCUAAGCCGAAGGGAAAUGCAUCUACAGACUUCGAUUUGACAGCAAAGAAUAUCACGCCUAUGGGCGGAUUCCCACACUACGGCGAAGUCAGAAAUGAUUAUGUAAUGCUCAAAGGUUGUUGCAUGGGUCCGAGGAAGCGAGUGAUCACGUUGAGAAAGACACUGAUCCCACAAGUUAAACCUCGAUCAAAGGAGAAGAUCGCGCUCAAGUUCAUUGAUACAUCGUCGAAGUUUGGUCACGGUCGGUUCCAGACACGGGCAGAGAAACAGGCAAUAAUGGGCCCCUUGAAGAAAACUAUGGGACACUGA